AUGAGCGAAGCGAGCAUUUUCAUCAAGAGCGACCCAGACGAUCACAACAACAACCACUUCAUGAUGUCGCAGAACGGCUACUCCAUAAACAACCAAUUUGGAAAUUCCAACGAGGCCGUGGAUCCCUCGGAGCUGACCAUGCAGAACAGCGGUUUCAUGUCCUACCCGUUCGGUUCACAACAGAAUAUGUCAUCAAGCUUCAACUUUGGAAACUCUGGAAUCGAUACAGACGAGUUGCUGGACCUGGAAAUCAACGGUCAGAAUGGGCUCCCACGAGAUACCAGUAUGAAUUUCAUGCAGGACCACUCCGGUGCUGGCAUCUCUAUGAGUCAUCCCGGCCAUAUGUCGCAGAUGUAUUCCAACACUCCUGAAGGGGCUCCGAUGCACAGCCCCUUCAUGCACAGUUUCAAUUAUGAUCAUUUCCGCGGUCUGAACCAGCAACAACACAAUUCCUCCCAUCUUCAGGGUUCCCAUUUCGAGCAGAGCUACCUUAACUCCAAGGCACGCCCGAGUCUACAGGCGAUCGACCGCACAUCUUCCGAUGGACGCAGUCCCAUGACCCCUAAAACUCCGGCUUUGGGUGCCCUGACUCUUGGAACCCCGGAAUCUGGUAGUUUCCCUACACAACCGAUCCGUACUGGAUUGCAACCACGGCAUCAGAAGACUCUGUCCAACCAGUGGGAUGGCACUCCCGGAAGCGCUCACUCCUUCGGUAUGGAGUCCCCCAUUUCAUCGCCGGGCCAUCCCUCUCAUCAUGCCGCCAUCUCGGAGAUCCUCAAGUCUGGCAAGCAUGCCUCUUUGCCCGCCAAGGUUGAUACACACAUGCCGGGCAGCGCCCAGGAUUUAGAAUCGCAAGAAGCAAAGCGUCGGCGCCGGAGAGCUUCGCACAACCUGGUCGAGCGCCGUCGGCGAGACAACAUCAACGAGCGUAUUCAGGAUCUCUCGCACCUCGUACCGCAACAUCGUCUGGAGGAUGACAAGGUCCGGAAACAGCUCGUCAAUAACAGUGCCAUGUCAGGGAAUGGAUCCGGUUCAAACGCAGCCACCUCUCUCCUGGCCGGUGGCAAUGGCCGUCGUGCUACUGCUGGUAAUAUCACUAUGGGUCUUCCCAUCGAGGAGAAGGAGAAGGGCCCUAACAAGGGUGACAUCCUGAAUGGUGCCGUGGGUUGGAUGCGCGACUUGAUGUGGGCUCUGCACGUUAAGCUGCAGCAGGAGUCUGAGCUCGCGGAGUUGAUCACUAGUCUCGGAGGCACCUGGCCGUUUGAACAAACGGAGGAGGAGAAGCGCAUGCGGAGUGAGAUCCUGGACGCCUUGGAGAAGAACGAUCCUAGCACCUUCACUUACAGCCGAGGACCCGGCAGCGGCUUGAGAGUGCCCAAGCAUACCAACUUAGCGGGCGAGCCCAUUUCCCAGAACGGGGCGCUGAGCCCGCAGAGUCUCAGCCCGUCCUACAACAGUGGUGGCAGCAGCAACGGCGGGAACUCGGGUCAAGCACAAUACUGGAACAGCUCCGGCCACGCGGGAAUGAGCUUCAAGGAAGAAGAUGAGUACGCAAUGGAGAUGCAGUAA